AUGCCUGGGCUGGUAUCCAAAUCCCCUGUGAGGACGGAGGAGCCUGGGCACACGCCAGCUGCUGGUGGGGGACACGUGGCCAGCAUGGGGAAGGAAGCCAUCACUGUCACCCUCCACAGUGCCAGCAACUUGCCAACCACACGGGAGGGCCAGGUGCCAUGGCCAUACGUUGUCAUUCAGACCAGAGGAGGGAAUGAGCAGGAGACACAGGCUACCCAUCCGUCCUUGAUGCCCACCCAUGCACCCACCUGGGAGGAGGAGGUGACGGUGGAAAUGGAUGCUGAAAAUGUGGGCUGUGCAGCCCUGACUCUCACCGUGGCAGACAGAGCCACCAAGGAGGCGCUGGGGACUUUCCAGGUGCCAGUGCGGUACCUCCAGCCUUUCCAGCCCCACAACUGCAGACUGGUGCUGCCAAGGAAGCGGGACCCUGUGGGGACAGUGCUGCACGUCACCCUCACCCGCAAAGGCAGCGUCAUCCCACACUGCAAUGGAUUGAGAUACGUGGCCUUGGAGGUGCUGCUGCAGGGGCUGUCAGCCCCUCUGGCCACCCCUCCUGGGCCUCUCAUUGCCACGGCCAGAGUUGUGACCAAUGUUCAAGAGUACAAGCACUGCAUGGAGAAGCAUCCCGUCACCUGUCCUGGCAUCAGCCCCACCACCAUCACAUUCCCGGACCCUCCGGUAGGAGCCUUCAGCAUCACCCGAGCUGCCAACAGUGGCUGCCCGCAGAUGUCUCGACCAGCUGGGCCCCCAGAUCAGCCAACCUGGAACACCUCUUUCCUCUUCCAAGGCCGAGAUGUGGCCACUGUCUUCUCUGAAGACACUGCCCUAGUGCUUGAAUAUUAUCCGUACAAAGCCGCGUGGGAUGCUGCAGACACCGUCGUUCCGGUGGGAUACUCGGUGCUGCCCCUCAGCAGGCGUGCUUUCCGGGCACUGGCAGCGCAGGGCGGCGGGCUGCGUGUGGACGGCCUCGUUGUGCAGGGCACGGACCUCAAAACCACUUCUGGGGCCAUCCCCACUGUGAGGCUCUGCCUGCAGCUCCUGCGAUCAGAGAGACCAGCAGCGUUCCUGACCCCAUCAGUCAGCGACAUCCUCCCCAGUCUGGACCCCGACACCAUUGUCACGUUUCAGAGGGACAGAGAGCCGCAAGCAGCCCAUGUGUGCCCAUCUCAUUGCCAGCUCCAUCAAGAUGAUGUGUCCCUCCUGGCAGCUGAUGCUGUGGCCGGUGUCAUGCCCAGAAAGCCCUCCUGUCCACGCAGGACAGGAGCACUGGCAGGGGAGCAGAGGUCCCAGGAGAUCAUCAAGGACCACCAGGAAUCAGAGGUGAGCAGGUACCACCUGGCGCUGAAGAGGAUGGCUGGGGACCUGCUGUCCCUGCGCCAGCGUGUCACCAGCCUCGAGGUGGAGAACGGACGCUUGCGCCACAGCCUGGCCUCGAGGGAGGAGCUGGGCCACUCUCUGCUUGCUGACACCAACCUGGACGUCAUGACCCGGGAGGAGCUGCUGGACAGGCUCGCCACCCUCAAGCGUGAGCUGGUGGCCAGCACGGCGGAGAUGAGGAGACUGAAGGACCGUGUCCAGCAGCUGCAGAAUGAGCUGAUCCGGAAAAAUGACCGAGAGAAAGACUUGGUGCUGCUCCAGCAUGCCCACCAGCAGCAGCAAACCACACUGAGGAAGUGCCAGGAGAAGGUGGCCAAGAUGAAGGGCUUGGAGGAGACAGUGCGGCAGCAGGAGAAGGUGAUGGAGGUGAUGGAGCGGGUGCUGCAGGAGAAGCUCACCAGGGAGGGCAGGAGCCCUGAGAAGCCAGCGGGCGAAGCCCUCUCCAGGGAAGUGCACACUGUGCUGCUGGCUGAGAACCGCCGGCUGCAGGAGGAGCUGGCCAGAGCCCCCCAUCACCUGCCCCCUAUCACCCCACGACCCUCAGCCUUGAUGGGUGUUUUGGGGGGCAUGGAGAAGCUGUCUUUGUUGGCCAGGCUGGAAGAGGCACAAGCCCGUGGGCAGGUGCUGGAGAGACAGCUGGAGGAGGCAGCAAGGAGAUGGGGACGGGAGAAGCAGGAGCUCGGCACUCAUCUGCUGGAGAGGGAGUACGGCUUCCCCCACACCUUGAAGCUGCCAGUGAUGCGAAUGGCCCCCCUCAGAAGACCUCAGCCUCUGCCCCCCUUGUCCUAGACUAUGCCCAGCAAGAGAAACAGAGAAACCCGACACUGGCAAAAAGGAGUCAAUGCUUUUUUGUAUGAUAAAAUGACAGAGUAAAUCAGAGGCAAAGCAGAACACUGGAGGGUGCUGGAGGAGCACGACCAUGGUCACCAGUGUGGUCCAGAGGGACGCCAGAGCAGUGAGAGGGGUGCAGCAGCACCCACCCACCCCCUGAACUAUGCACUCCCUCGGUGGUUAAGGGGGAGAACAGGGUGGGGGUUGCUCCAGUUUAUCUCCCCCGUGGCGUAAGCUCAGCCUUGAGCGGGCUGGAGUGAAGGCAGGGAUGCACCCAGCCAAGGCUGUGGCCAUGAGCGUCCCCAAAUCCCAUCCCCAGGGCCAGAGUCUGACUGCGAGGAGCUGAAAGUGCUGCAGGGCUGUCGGGGAUGGGCCCCAAAGCCGCUUGGGAUCAGGCUCCUCACACCUGGGACUCAAGCGGCCGUAAGGUCAGGUAGAUGGGUUUGUCCGGGAUCAGGAUGAGAUCAAAUCUGGUCCCCACUUCCACUGCUCUCAUGGUUUCGAUCUUGAAGUUUUCCAGGAUCUGGGAUGGAGGAGAAAGGAAAGGAUGGAAAAUGUUGGAGGUACCCACACCCACAUACCACCUCC